CCGACGCGGCACUUGCGCGCGGGCGGGAAGAUGGCGGCCGGGUUCAAAACCGUGGAACCUCUGGAGUAUUACAGGAGAUUUUUGAAAGAGAACUGCCGUCCUGAUGGAAGAGAACUUGGUGAAUUCAGAACCACCACUGUCAACAUAGGUUCAAUUAGUACUGCCGAUGGUUCUGCUUUAGUGAAGCUGGGAAAUACGACAGUAAUUUGUGGAAUUAAAGCGGAAUUUGCAGCACCGCCAACAGAUGCCCCUGAUAAAGGGUAUAUAGUUCCUAAUGUGGAUCUACCACCCCUGUGUUCAUCGAGAUUUCGGUCCGGACCUCCUGGGGAAGAGGCCCAAGUGGCUAGCCAGUUCAUUGCAGAUGUCAUUGAAAAUUCACAGAUAAUUCAGAAAGAGGACUUAUGCAUUUCUCAAGGAAAGCUUGCUUGGGUUCUAUACUGUGAUCUCAUUUGCCUCGACUACGAUGGAAACAUUUUGGAUGCCUCUACGUUUGCUUUGUUAGCUGCUUUAAAAAAUGUACAGUUGCCUGAAGUUAAUAUAAAUGAAGAAACUGCUUUAGCAGAAGUUAACUUAAAGAAGAAAAGUCAUUUGAGUAUUAGAAAUCAUCCAGUUGCAACUUCCUUUGCCAUAUUUGAUGACACUUUACUCAUAGUUGACCCUACUGGAGAGGAGGAGCAUCUGGCAACUGGCACAUUAACAAUAGUAAUGGAUGAGGGAGGCAAGCUGUGCUGUCUUCACAAACCAGGUGGAAGUGGGCUGACUGGUGCUAAACUUCAGGAUUGCAUGAGCCGAGCAGUCACAAGACACAAAGAAGUAAAAACCCUGAUGGAUGAAGUAAUUCAAAGUAUGAAACCCAAAUAAACCACCACCACGUUUUCAAAACCGAGUUGUAGAAACUGUAUUUCUCAGCACAGUGCACAAACCUUUUAUACUAAAUAAAUAUCAAACUACAUUCUUUUGAAAGAUGUUUCUAGUAUUUCUUAGGCCACUUCCAUACAUAUUAUGCACAGUGAAACCAGAGCAAUGACUUAGGCAAGCCAUCCCUAGUUUGUUAAAUCAUUUCCCUGCUUUUAUUUAAAAAUCAUAGGGUUGUGCUUCUGUAUAAAGUUUGUACAUCUAGCAAUGUAAAAUACUGACAAAAGAAAAAUGAAGUAAACU